AUGGCCCAUCCUAUGUCAAUGGAGGCGAUGCUCGACGAGGAGCGGAGGGAGGUGCUUGCCCUUCUCGAGGGGCCAAGCGCCUCGAGGUCUAGACCUCCCAGCUCGUUGGAAGCAAGAUCACCCUCUCCAUAUACGGGGCCUCGCUCCCCAGUGCGCAGCAUGCUAGAUGUUGCGCCGGUGCGAAGUAUGCUGGAUGUUGACAGUCCAGUGCCCACUCCCAUACGAAGCAUGCUGGAUGUGGACGGCCCACGUUCGCCCGCUGUUAAACAGGUCUUGAGCAACCCGAGCUCUCCUACAGACUCAAACUUCCGCGCACACCGAAUAAACCAGUCCAUCCACCCUCGCAGUCUCUCAGAUGCAGCUGCUAAGACUGCCGACUUUGGGCCUCGGUCAUCCAGUGCUCGCCUCGACCCGACUUCCGAGUAUCAGUUCUCGGGGAUUAUCACGCACCAUGUUGGCCAACCCCUCCCGAAGCGAGUUGCGCAGGGAGGUAAGCGACCGUCGGGGUCGAUGGCAGAGGUGAUGCGGGCCAACGACCUCUUAUCUGGGGAUAGGGGUCGCCAUUACUCGGUCGGAGGUCCCGCGUCGAGACUAAAGAACAAAUCGAAGUCGCCACAAAAUCGAUUAGAUGUUCGCUCAAGCUCACCGCACAACAACCUCCUAUCUGGUCGGCAUCUUAGCCCGUCGGGACAGAAACCAGGAAGCAACCAGAUAGUGGAGUAUCAGAAUGCCUACCGGCACUUGUCGGAUGCGAAUCUCGCCCGAUUCGGAGGCAGCCUCUCGGAGUUGACCCGCCGUAAAAAAUCAGACGACGCGACAAGCUUGGGUAGACUGGAGAAGGACUACUUGAGCCCCGAUGGCGAAUUGUUGCCGGACGACAGUACCGACGAGCAUAACGGGUCUUCGUCAGAUGAUGAAGGAGAACGUGGCCGGAAGGCGGCUCGCAACUUCGACAGUGGCUCAACUGGCAUAGAUGGCGGACCAGCUAGCGCCAGUUCCCAGCCUGCUGACCCGUCGAGAAAGAUGCGGAGCUUGAUGGCCGCAGCAGAGGAAGAGCGAAGACAGGUAGCCAGUCAGCAGCCCGCGUACCACUAUCGUUCUCUGCUGGAUGAACCCGAGAUUACGGUCAGGAGUGGUUCCCACGAGCGGAUGAAGCAGAGCAAGACGGGCGUCCACCCUGCAACGAGUUUUGACUUCCAUCCUGGAUCUGGAGGCCACACACCCAUACACUCGGAUACCGAAGCUGACAUAACGGACAUCAAGCGAGCCCAGAAGCUGUCCUUCUCAAUGACCCCCAUUAUGAGCAGCCCGGAUUCGCACCGAUCUAUUCGAAUCAUUGCCCGUGGGGAGUAUUCGAACAUCGUACACGACGCCGAGGAAGAGCACAGGCGCCUCCGGAAGUACCUGGUUGCCACCGAUCUCAGCGAAGAGUCUACCCAUGCGCUCGAGUGGGCCGUUGGGACGAUUUUACGUGAUGGGGAUACACUGAUCGCCAUAUACUGCGUUGACGAAGAGAUGGGGAUUUACCUCAGCGACAGCGCCAUGAUCCCGGACGAUCCCAAAGCCAUGAAGGAUCAGGCCGCAGCUAUUGACGCGGCUGCUAGUAGCAAGCCGCUCAUAAACUUCACCGGCUCUAUGAUGUCGCUACAUCCGCGGACUUCUCCCCUGUCCAACAAUCUCGCGGAUGGUUCGUCUCCUGCACCUUCUGUAAAGGAGCGAAACAAGGCCGAAGAGGAACGCCACCGAGCCGUCCAAGACAUUACCGACCGGGUGACGAAGCUACUCCGCAAGACUAGCCUCCAGGUUCGAGUCAUCGUCGAAGUCCUCCACUGCAAGAAUCCCAAACAUCUCAUAACAGAAGUGAUUGAUGUGGUUAAUCCUACGCUGGUUAUCCUGGGCAGCCGGGGACGGAGUGCCUUGAAAGGAGUAAUUCUGGGCUCCUUCUCUAACUACCUGGUGACCAAGAGUUCGGUUCCUGUUAUGGUGGCGAGGAAGCGACUGCGAAAACACACGGUUUACAAGCAGCCGAUCAACCAGCAGGUUAACAACAUCAGCAACCCGGCCGCGAGGAGCCUGGCGAACGCGAAGAUAGACUAG